UGUCCAGUUAUCGACUAUCGGGCAACUAUAGCCGCUUAUUAGUUUUUGGCGGGCCAAAAGCAGCUGUUGCUUGGUUUACAAUAUUAAAAAUAUAUUAUAUUCUCCCCAAACAAUGCCAUGCGCCAUGGAGUUGCCCAAUACGCCCGAUGAGCUGGCCAUGCAGCACAAGGACUCCACAGUUCUCAAGGAGCUACUCAAGGAUUCAACACGAUGGCACUCCAUUCCGCUGCUGAACUACACGCCACUCCACAAGCUAAAGGAUCGGACUUUGGUGCGAUUCCGGGGCAUGAUCCAGGACAUGAUGGACCCAGAGAUCUACCUGGAGCGCUAUGAGGUGAAGGCCCCCGACGGUAGCAAGCGCCUCCAUGACGGAAAGUACUUGGAUUGCUUGAAAUUGGCUGCUGGCGAGGAGAUCGACUACAAUGCGGAAGGUAAUGUUCACGGCGAGAGGCGAACCCUGUUCUUGGUGUCAGUUCCGGGCCUGAACGAUUGGAGCAGGCAACACGAGCAGCAGUGUGGGCCACAGAUCGAGGUCUGCCAGUCUGCAGGCUCAGGUAAGAAGCGCACUCUAGAUGCCCAGGAGGAGGCCAUGGAGGUGGACGAAGCUGGUGAAACCUCUCUUAAACGGCAAUGUGUAGACGAAAUCAAGACGGGAGAGGCACAGGUAGCCGGUUCUGGCUCAUCAGUCCUCGGCUCCGAGUAUCUUAUCAACUCACCAUUGCCCAGUCGCCCAAGCAUGGCCUGUAUGGUGAAAGUCUAUGAGGACUUUGACUCCUAUCAACUCAACACAUUAGUGGACUUUGUGGGUUUUUUGUCCGUGGACCCAUCCCUAGACGCUGCCAGCCUGAAUAUGGAGGAGUACGAUAGCUUAAGUGAGCUGCAGGCUGCCCACCCGUCGCCCUUCCUCAUACCCCGCCUGCAUGCAUUCGGAUUCCAGACACUAGCUCAUGCGAAUCCCUUGCUGGACAGCACCCUGCGACAGCCAGCAGCAGAAAAUAGUGAUGAGGCGAACCCGAGCCAGCUUGCCGUGCACAAAGAUCUGCGCAUACUGCUCAAACUCUGUCUUUUUGACGACGACCUGGCCGCUGAGUAUCUGCUCUGUCAUUUGAUUUCCACGGUAUACAGCCGGACUCAGAUGGAGAGCAUAGGCAAGUUCGCGCUGAACCUAUGCAACCUGCCCAAGGAGUGCCUUCAGCACUAUACAACCAAGCUCUACCAGGUGCUGGAGCUGCUGCUGCCGGCCAGCCAUUAUUUGCCCAUGACUCUGGAAACAAUGAACACUUCGGCCUUUGCCCCAAAGAAGGACUACGAAACCAAUAAGCUUGUCUCCGGCCUCUUGCAACUGGCCCCGCACACGCAUCUAGUGCUUGACGAGACCUGCAUGCAACAGGGCAAGCUGGAGGCCAACGGUGUCCAUGCCGUUCAGCAUCUGGCCCACCUAAUCAACAACCAGGAGCUAAAGUGCGACUUUCAGUACUAUCAGAUCGACUAUCAAGCGAACAUUCCAGUUUUGGUCCUUAGCGAAGGACGCAGCAUGUUGCCGUGUUAUUGUCUUGGGUUGCAGAGCGAUUUCGUGGUGCCCAUUAAUGCAGAUGCCAAGGCCGUGGAGCUGCUUGAUGAAUCUCUUAAGGCUGCCCACCACUACCUUCAGCCUGCGCGCCUUCAGCAGUUCCGCAAGUUUCUGACUACGGCCAGGCUUAGUCAGUUCAGUGUGAGCGAGGAGCACACGGAAAUGAUCCAGCAGGAAUUUGUGGAUAUGCGCAAGGCCAACGUGAAGAGCAAUGCCGAUGAUCUGCACGGUUUGCUAGUGCUUUCGCGUCUGCUGGGUAUUGCCCGGGGAAAGCAGGCGCUGGACAAGGAAACCUGGCAGCUGGCUAUCGAGUUCGAGGCAAAGCGUCGCCAGCGGCUUCAGUCCCUACCGAAGUCGUCAGCAACACAAAUGCGCAAUUAAAGUUAGACUUUAUUUUAAGCUAUCAGCGAAGAAAUUAUGCCAUUAUUUUGAA